CAAGGUGAUUGGUGUUUUCAUCAAAACGGUCUGUCGUCAAAUGGGACCAAAACCAAUUGGGGUUGACCAAACUUGUCCGUCAUCCGAGGAGGACCCUAAUCCAACAAAUCGUGCCGGUCUUUGUGGUGUGGGCGUUUGAACCGUGCGUUUCGCUGGCGCAUAAAGCCAUAAACUCUGUAGCUGCUCGGCGGCAAGGCAAUAACAGCUGCGCAUCCAAUGAAGACGGUGCGCUUCGACUGUAACGUUGAUUAAUUUUCUUGGGUUUUAUUUAUUUUCUUGUAAUCGAAAUUAAAGAUAUGAUUUUUUGGUUUUAAUUGUAAAAAACUAAGCAACAAUUAUGGAGAUCCUGUUUAUGCAUUGAGAAUGGCGGAGUGUAGAAUAAGUGAUAAGAGAUAUACUUAUAUACAUGACUCUAAGUGGCCUUCUGAAGCGGCCGACGUGCAUCACAUCGUUGUUCGGAAGAGCGGCGCAAAGGGUUUCCUUGUAUACUUGUCGGCUCUUCUUAUUUUAGCAAAUGGGUUCCAUCUUUUCCUCGUCAAGGAUAAAUCAUUUAUCAUUGUUUUUUGGAGCUUUCUUUUGGAUGCAUUCCUUGUCAAGCUCAUGCUCCAGAAGCCUGUUAAGAAAGAGUCUGUCAUAGUUAUGCCAGCUUUUGGAAUUCAACUUGAAACUCACUAUGUAAGUGGUAAAACUAUCCGCCGCUUUGUACCCAUUGACAAGAUAUUGAAACCUGCACUAUCAGAAUGUGUGACCCCUGUUACUUGCUACUGGAGCCUGUCUUUCAUUGUACGAGGAGAGACAGAACUGAUGUUGGCUUUUAAGGAGUUACGUCCGCCGGUGAAAAUGCUAGUCCCCAUCUGGAAGGCCUUGUGUGCUGCCACCGGAAGUGGAGGAAGCCUCGACACACUCACUGAUGAUGGCCCAUGGUGUUGAAGGAUUUUUAAUCAAGAGCUGUGGUGCACUUCAAUUAGCAGGAACCACUCUAUUUAUUAGACAGAUGAAUUAUAUAUAUAUAUAUAUCCCACUUGUCAGGAUGGGUGCAUAUAAAUUAUAAUAGAUGCAUUUGUACUCGUUUCAACUAA